AUAAAAAUACCAAAAAUUCCAAUAUUCUAUAAAAAUUUAAAAAAAAGAAGAAAGACAAUUUCUUCAAACAAAAAUGUUAAAUUUCUUUGUUCUACAACUUGCUGCACGAUAAAAGUAAUAAAUACCUAAUUGCAACAAAACAGUUUUAUAUUAGCAAACACAUAUACAGUCUGCUGGUGCUGAAAGAUCAUCCAUAAUAACAAAAAAAGCAACAUAUUUAAGCGUUCAAGUGUUUUUUGUGCUUCUGAAUUAUAAAUAGAUAUCUCAGAGAUUAUUUGUGGAAUUUUUAACCAUGAGCAGCACCGCUGAUGGUUCUUCGAUACGCUUUAGCGACCACACAUUGGACAAAGCUACCAAGGCUAAGGUAACACUUGAAAAUUACUACAGUAAUUUGGUUACGCAGUAUGGAGAACGUAAGCAACGUUUGGCCAAAUUGGAAGCGCAGUUAAAAGAUGAAAGCCUUACAGAGUCGCAGCGCCAAGAAAAACGUAUGCAGCACGCCCAGAAAGAAACAGAAUUUUUACGUUUAAAACGAUUGCGCUUAGGUGUAGAAGAUUUUGAAGCAUUAAAAGUUAUUGGACGUGGAGCAUUUGGUGAGGUGCGUUUGGUACAAAAGAAAGACACCGGUCAUGUAUAUGCAAUGAAAGUCUUAAGAAAAGCAGAUAUGUUGGAAAAAGAACAAGUGGCUCACGUAAGAGCCGAAAGAGAUGUGCUGGUAGAGGCCGAUCAUCAAUGGGUAGUGAAAAUGUAUUACAGUUUUCAGGAUCCUGUUAAUUUAUAUUUAAUAAUGGAAUUCUUGCCCGGCGGUGAUAUGAUGACGCUGCUAAUGAAGAAGGACACAUUAUCGGAAGAAUGUACACAAUUUUAUAUAGCAGAGACUGCAUUGGCAAUCGAUUCAAUACAUAAAUUAGGUUUCAUACACAGAGAUAUUAAACCAGACAACUUACUGUUAGAUGCGCGUGGUCACUUAAAGCUCUCAGAUUUCGGUUUAUGUACUGGUCUUAAAAAAUCACAUCGCACUGAUUUCUAUCGGGAUUUAUCGCAAGCCAAACCAUCAGAUUUUAUAGGAACAUGUGCAAGUCCUAUGGACUCUAAAAGACGCGCUGAGUCAUGGAAACGCAAUCGCAGAGCUUUGGCUUACAGUACGGUUGGCACACCGGACUAUAUAGCACCAGAAGUAUUUUUGCAGACUGGCUAUGGUCCUGCUUGUGAUUGGUGGUCUUUGGGUGUGAUUAUGUACGAAAUGCUGAUGGGUUAUCCACCUUUCUGUUCUGAUAAUCCUCAAGAUACCUAUCGUAAAGUAAUGAAUUGGCGAGAAACGUUAGUGUUUCCACCCGAAAUACCUAUAUCUGAGGAAGCCAAGGAAACCAUAGUUAAAUUUUGCUGCGAGGCCGAUCGCCGCUUAGGUUCUCAACGCGGUCUUGAAGAUUUGAAAUCAGUUCCCUUUUUUCGUGGCGUUGAUUGGGAACAUAUACGUGAACGUCCUGCAGCUAUACCAGUGGAAGUGCGCUCCAUUGAUGAUACGUCUAAUUUCGAUGAAUUUCCUGAUGUUUCUUUAGAAAUCCCUUCCGCACCAAUGCCUCAAGGGAGUGAAAUUGCUAAGGAUUGGGUAUUUAUUAAUUACACAUUUAAACGUUUUGAGGUCAGAAAUCUGGAGUGAGGCCGCCGAGCUUUUAUUGGAUUUUAGUAUUAAGAACUUUAGCAAAGCAACAGCAAUUAAGCAACAUACAAGUAAUGAUGGAAGAAACAAAUAUACACUUUCACGCUUCCCACACACUUCUAUAACAAAAAAAAACUAACUACACCCACAAUUAAACAUAUUCAUGUAUUUACAAGACAAAAAACAACCACAACUUAGAAUAAUAAUGAAGAAACAAAAACUGCAACAACAAAGCAAAGCAAAAGAAAGCAACAAAAAAGCGAAAACCUAAACUAAACUAUUGAUUGAAACAAUUUACAUAAUUAUAUAUCACGAACUGGUUUAUAUACCUACAUACAAACAUAUAAUUAGUUCUUUAGAUCUUUUAAAAGGUGAUGAUCGUCGUUGUCACCAUAAUGAAUGGUAUUGAUAAUAACAUUGAAAAGAGCAACAUAAAAUAAUGUAACUAAAACUUAACAAAAAGG